AAAGAAGUUAAUAGAUCAGCUUAUUUAAAUGUACAGUAAAGCUAGAAAAAAUAAAAGCAGAGAAAAAAUAAGCAAUACAAACUAUUCUGUUAAAAUAUUUAUUAGAUCAGAGAUAAAACAGUUGGAGUGCUUAUAAAAUAGUAAUUAAAGUGUGAACUAUAAAAACUUCUGGAAUGUGGCUAAUAGUGUAUCCAGAGGAAAAUUUAUGGCCUUAUAGGCUUUAGUUGCCAAAUGAGAAAGAAGGAAAAUAAAUGCAUAAAUCACACAAUUUUAGUAAGGUAGGAAAUAUUUUAAAAAGAUAAAAGAAAAAGCCUGUUGUGGUUGAGCUUCUCCUAAAGACAGAACAUAGAACAAAGAUUUAUGUGUAGGAACUUUUGUAGGAGUGUGGUCACAGGGACAGAGUGAAGCACAUAGGAAAACUGAGAAGGGAAAUCCUAUUAAAAGAAAAACUUUAAACAAAUUAAGUUUAACAGUUCAGUUGAGUAAAGAACCAUUCAGUAAUCAGGCCGUCCCUAGAACCAGGAUAGGUUCUGUAAAACGAGCUGUCAUGUCCUGCCUGGCUGACAUUUAUGGAUGGAAAGAGGUAAGUACUGUAUGGAAAACGCAAAUGAGGUUCAGAGAUAGCUCAGUUGGUUAAUACCUGGUGUUUGCUUAUUUUGAACCUGGUUUGGCUGAAGCUUGACCACUGUUAUAGUUGAGACUCAGGUAUAUGUUAUAGAGGUCAAUUCUUAAUUUAGGUUUUCUUUAUGUACUAAGUCAGGUUGCAGCUUCAUACAUAUAAGGACUCAAAUGUGUUAGUGGGGUGGCUUUCUUAGGCCAAGGUAGUUUGAUUGAACAAACCAGAAAAAGGAUGCACUAUCAGGCUUGGCCCUCAGUAGUCUGGCUGUCUUCUUGGGUCAUUGAGGAGCCUUGGAGUGGGGGCUAAAGGUGAAAAUAUGUUUCCAUUCUGUCCCCUUUUUUAAGGUUAGCCCCAGAGACAUUACCUCCUGUGCACUUCAGGGUCGAGCAGGUGUCGCACACAGGACACCAGGGCAGCCCCAGGAGAGGAACCAGGAAUACGUGGUAUAGGUCCUUGCGAAGGUGUUGGUGGUUGCAGCUUUACAGACCUGGCUGGUGUCUCUGUGGAAGUGUACCAGGCAGUGACAUGGCACAUUCACAGUCAGGAAGGGGACAGUAUGAGAAGGCAGUUUACACUUCACCUCCCGCUCCGUUUCCUCAGAGUAAGCCUGGGCUGUGCAGGAGGCUGAUCUGCCAAACCUCCACAGAAGCGUUGGGCUUCUUGAGGACACUCAGGACUUUGAAGAAACAGGCAAGAUGGGGUGUGCUGCAUGAUUCCCAGCCCAGCCAGUCUUGUUUCUCUCAGUGUAUUUGAGGGUGAUACGGGUUUACAGAAAAGGAGUUCUGUGUCUUGAACUGAAUGUUGCUAUGUAAGACUUUGUUCUUUUAUUCUUUAGACUUUACAUGUAUUCUGUACCCACCCUUUUGUGUGACUGUUACGGUUAUAAAAUCCUGGGGUUCCUGGCAGUGAGCAGCAGUGACCUAGCCAGGAGUUCUGGGCACUGAGCUAGUGAAUGGAUCGCUCCCUCUUUCUCGCCAGCUCUUAGUCAUGCUCCUGACUGGAAGCUGGCUUCCUGCACCUCAGAUCUUCUGAGAGGGGCUGUGUUGUCUCACGUUUUCUCUCUGUUUCUCCCCAGUUCCAGCCCUUCUCUGAGAGGGACCCUAGGUGAUGGCAGCCAUGCUUCUCACAGCCUGGCCUCAGGGCCUGAUCCAUGGAAUUGGCCCUAGGGCAGCAGGAACCUGUUGUUUCAGAAGUUGGUGACCUUUGAGGAUGUGGCUGUGUACUUCACUCAGGCGGAAUGGGAUGGCCUGUCCCCUGCACAGAGAGCCCUGUACAGGGAUGUGAUGCUGGAGAAUUAUGGGAAUGUGGCCUCCCUGGGGUUUCCGCUUCGUAAACCGGCUAUGAUCUCACAACUGGAGAGAGGUGAGCUGGAGGGCCUGUCUCCGCUGGGCAUUGUAACUGGAACAGGCCCUCAGGGCCUUUGGACUGUAGAUACCGAUAUACAGACAAACAAUAAUUUGACAACAGAAAUGUAUGAAGAAAAAGAUAGCACAUCACUUGAACUUCCGAAGGACUUUUCCCUGGAAACAGACUUUUUAGAAGCCUACAUGCUAGAGCAACAACAGGAAGUCUACUCAGCAGGAAGGUUGAAGGAGGAAAACGCCAGCAGCGUGGAUGCAACGGUGAAGGGUGAAACAAGCUCCAUGGAGGAGAGUUCCUUUAAUAACAGCCCAGACUUGUUUCAGCAUCAUAGUAUCUCCACUGAAGAGCAGCGCCCUGGUUGUGUAGGAUUGAUGAAAGCCUACAGCUUUGGCACAGAAUUUAUUAAGCAUGAAAUAAUUAAUACAGUGGAAAGUACUUUGAAAUGUGAAAACUUAGUGGAAACCUUCAGAUUUGACUCUCAACCUAAUCGACAUCUAGAAAACUACACUGUAGAGAAGCCUUAUCAGUGUGUGCAAUGUGGCAAAGCCUUCAGUGUUAAUGCAAAGUUAAUUUGGCAUCAAAGACUUCAUAGUGGCGAGAAACCCUUCAAGUGUUUGGAGUGUGGGAAAUGCUUCAGUUACAGUUCCCAUUAUAUCACACAUCAGACAAUCCACAGUGGGGAGAAGCCCUAUCAGUGUAAGAUUUGUGGGAAAGCUUUUAGUGUUAAUGGGAGUCUUAGUAGGCAUCAGAGGAUCCAUACAGGAGAGAAACCCUAUCAGUGCCAGGAGUGUGGAACUGGCUUUAGCUGUAGUUCUGCAUAUAUUACACACCAGAGAGUCCACACUGGAGAGAAACCUUAUGAGUGCAGUGACUGUGGGAAAGCUUUCAGUGUUAAUGCAAAAUUAAUUCAACAUCAGAGGAUCCAUACUGGAGAGAAACCUUACAUGUGCAGUGAAUGUGGGAAAGGCUUCAGGUGCAGCUCCCAGCUUCGGCAGCAUCAGAGUAUCCAUACUGGAGAGAAGCCCUAUCCGUGUAAAGAGUGUGGAAAAGCCUUUAACAAUAAUGCAAAACUCAUUCAGCAUCAAAGAAUCCACACAGGUGAGAAACCUUAUGGGUGCACUGAAUGUGGAAAAGCCUUCAGUGUCAAAGGAAAGUUAAUGCAGCACCAGAGAAUCCACACUGGUGAGAAACCAUAUGGAUGUAAUGAAUGUGGAAAAGCCUUUAGAUGUAACUCUCAGCUUCGGCAGCAUCUGAGGAUCCAUACUGGGGAGAAGCCCUAUAAGUGUAAUGAGUGUGGAAAGGCUUUCAGUGUUAAGGCAAAACUAAUGCAACAUCAGAGAAUUCACACUGGGGAGAAACCAUUUGAAUGUAAUGAAUGUAGGAAAUGCUUUACUUCUAAAAGAAAUCUGCUUGAUCAUUGCCGAAUCCAUACUGGAGAAAAGCCUUUUCAGUGCAAGGAAUGUGGAAAAGCCUUCAGUAUCAAUGCCAAGUUAACUAGACAUCAACGAAUGCAUACUGGAGAAAAGCCUUUCAAAUGUAUGGAAUGUGAGAAAGCAUUCAGUUGUAGUUCUGACUAUAUUGUGCACCAGAGAAUUCAUACUGGAGAGAAACCCUUUCGGUGUAAGGAGUGUGGAAAAGCCUUCCAUGUUAAUGCCCAUUUAAUUCGACAUCAGAGAAGCCACACUGGGGAGAAACCUUUCCGAUGUGUGGAGUGUGGCAAAGGUUUCAGCUUUAGUUCUGACUGUAUUAUACACCAGACUGUUCACACUUGGAAGAAACCUUAUGUGUGUAAUAUCUGUGGCAAAGCCUUCAGGUUUACCUUCCAACUCGGUCAGCAUCAGAGUGUCCAUAAUGAAGGGAAAUGUUAGUAGUGAGAAGGAUUGAGAAACAAGGUUAAUGCUGAAAUGGAUCAUGCAUCAUCAGAUUGACUCUGGAGGAAUACUCUGGGAAAGAAAUGAAUGUGGCAGUCUUACAUGGAAACACAUAUUUUGUCUUAUUCAAUUUGUAAUGAAUUUAUCCCUAGUUAAAAAAUAAUAUCUAAAAAUAAAUAACUUUGUUUUAUACCAACAACCAACUGGAAAAUACUGAAGAAAAUAGCUCCUUCCCAGCAGUAUCAAGAACAGGAGAUUUUCUGGGAACAAACAAUUGUUUUGUGGAAUCUAUAUAGUGAAAAUUAUAAUUCUCCACCGAGGACCGCCAGAGGAAUCCUAAAUGGAGAAAGAGGAAAAAAUUGUGUUCUUAUAUAAAGAAAGCCCAUAUUAUAAAAAUAUCUGCUCUAGCUAAACUAAUUUAUUUCUGUUUAAUUUUUGGCACAAGCAUGUAUUUUAUAAAGAGGAAAGACAUUUCACUUUUAUGAAAUAGAAAAUUUUUCAAAGUAUCAGUUGGAUGCUAGAAACAAAAUGUCGAUAAAUUGAUCAUUCAUAUAUUUUUGUUUUAAAU